AUGGCACACACCUGUCAGCCAUGCUGCUGCAAGACCACCUGCUGCAAGACAACCAGCAGCUCUGAAUCCAGCUGCCCUGUGUUCAUCUGCUGCCAGCCCUGCUGUGCCCCAAGUUGCUGCAGCACACCCUGUUGCUGCAAGUCUAUCUGCUGCCACAGCACCAACACUGUCAACAGCUGUUCCCAGCUGUGCUGUCCACCAACCUGCUGUGACAGCAACUGUUGCAAGCCAACCUGUGUGACCAUCUGCUGUGUGCCCACCUGCUGCCAGCCUAGCUUCCUCCAGCUCUGCUGCCAACCAGCUUGCUGUGAAAGCAGCUGCUGCAAGACCACCUCUUUUAAACCCUCCUGUGUGAUCAUUGGCUGCAGCACCCCCUGCUGCCAGCCCUGCUGUGUGUGCCCACCUGCUGAUGAUGACCAGCUCUCAAAGAAUACUGGCAAAGCCAUACUCCAGUGA